CGUCUCAUAAAGUACACCCGGAGCUCCUCCGGAGCAGCACAGCCAUGAACCAGCCCAGCUCGCCUUCCUCCAGACCCGCGCUCGCUCUCGGUUCGUCUCCCUGACACGUCGCACCAUGAAGAGGCAAAACGUGCGGACCCUCGCCCUCAUCAUCUGCACCUUCACCUACCUGAUCGUGGGCGCCGCUAUUUUCGACGCGCUGGAGUCGCAGAAGGAGACGAGCCAGAGGAGAGAGGUGGCCCUGCGGCGGGCCGAGUUGCUCCACACCUUCAACUUGUCCGAGGAGGACUUUGACGAUCUGGAGAAGGUGGUGCUGCAGCUCAAGCCGCACAAAGCCGGCGUGCAGUGGCAAUUCGCCGGCUCUUUUUACUUUGCAAUCACUGUGAUCACCACCAUAGGGUACGGCCAUGCGGCCCCCAGCACGGACGGAGGGAAGGUGUUCUGCAUGGUCUACGCACUCCUGGGCAUCCCUCUCACCUUGGUCAUGUUCCAGAGUGUGGGCGAACGGAUUAACACCUUCGUCAGGUAUCUUCUCCAUCGCCUGAAGAAGUGCCUUGGCAUGAGACGAACUGAGGUCUCCAUGGUCAACAUGGUGACCGUGGGUUUUAUAUCCUGCAUGAGCACACUGUGCGUGGGGGCGCUGGCUUUCUCCCACUUUGAAGGAUGGAGCUUCUUCCACGCUUACUACUACUGCUUCAUCACGCUCACCACCAUCGGUUUUGGCGACUACGUGGCGCUGCAGAAUGACCACGCUCUCCAGAACAAGCCGGACUAUGUGGCCUUCAGCUUCAUUUACAUCUUAACGGGAUUGGCUGUGAUCGGAGCCUUCCUCAAUUUAGCCGUACUGCGCUUCAUGACCAUGAACGCCGAGGACGAGAAAAGGGACGCCGAGCAAAGAGCGCUACUCGCUCAUAACGGCCAGGCGGGAAGACACAUUCACUGCUCCAUGGACCAAGCGUCCCCUUCCUCCACCGCGUCAGGGUGUGUCGGGGGCAGCGCAAUUGGAGGCGGCGGCGGAGGAGCGGCGAGCCGGGGUCUCCGUAACGUUUAUGCCGAGGUUCUCCACUUCCAGUCCAUGUGCUCAUGCCUUUGGUACAAGAGCAGAGAGAAGCUUCAGUACUCCAUUCCUAUGAUCAUCCCACGUGACCUCUCCAACUCUGACAGCUACAUGGAGCAGGGGGGGGAGGCUUUCUCCAACCCCCUCCACUCCAACGGCUGCAUGUGCGGUCUGCAGCCCCACUCAGGCAUCAGCUCAGUGUCCACUGGUCUGCACAGCAUCAACGUGUACAGGAGACUCAACAAACGAAGGAGCUCCAUCUAGACAUUUGUCCUAGUCCUAAUCAGACGUACCUUGUAGCCUCUUUUACUUUAUUUUAGGUUUUUUUUAUGACUUUUUUUCCAGUGCAUUGCAAACACAAUGUGCCAAAUCUUGACUGCGUAGGAUUAUUUCUGCUGCGAUCGACUCUUCUUGGGUGGAUUUGGUUGUGUCGGUCACUUGAAUAGCAACGGCACGACCAAGCCGAUUCCCUAAGUGUUUACUUGGCAUGCCGUACGGUCUUUUUACUACCAAAUUCUGGAGAUUGUUCCUGAUCGACACCUCUCCGUGGGCGACGGCUGCCAUCUCAGUGAAUUAAGUUUAACCUCGGGUUGUGGAGAUAUGGGAUGUCAAUAUAUUGCCUUCAAUGAUGGAAAGCCUUGUUUUUUUUCCAGUGAUGGAGACACCAUCCACAUUAUCACAAUAAGGUCUCUUUGGUACAGGUCAGCGGCUUUGAGGGUGUGAAGCUCAAAACAAGAGCGAACGGCAGAGUCAGUAAAGAUUUGGCACAUUUUGCACCGGACACCGGACACCAGGCUGGAUUGGCUGCUCUCAGUCACUUCAUAGGGAAAUAACGAUGCUUUCCGAUGGUUACUACUUUGUGGAAAGGGUGAUGGUUGAUGAUAGAGUAGGAGUUUCAAAGCCAUUUCUUACAGACUCCAAACACCUUUACUAUAAAAGAUAUGUACAGCUUAUUCCAAGCCCCUUAAAUUUUACUCUUGUGUCAUUUGUAAUGUACAAACAUGGAAAAAAAAAGAUUAGUUUCCUGUUCAUUUUAAUGCCUGGUACAAAUAAAGCUACAGUUGACUCCUAUGAGCUAUUUAUGUUAUCAUCAGGGGCAUCACUAGG